GUGAAAUUGAUGAGGAAAUUUAACCUCUGAGGAUAGUUUCGCCAGUGUGACCGGUAACAUGUGGCAGGUCAUAUCAACAUGAACUGAACUUGGAUAGAAAUCACGUGUCUUUUAUAAUAUACAGUUUGUUUCCCUUUUGUCGGCAAGAAAUAUCAUUGUCAUCUGUUUAUCAUUUAUAAUACGAAAAUGCGGCGAAGAAAGGGUUUGACAAGUCAUUUAGUUUUCGCCAUUGCUGCAGCUGCCCUUGGCUCUUCAUUCCAACAUGGGUACAAUACAGGUGUCACAAAUAUUCCACAAUUGUUGAUUCAAAAGUUUAUCAAUGAUACAUAUUAUGAAAGGUACGAAGUUGCUGCUGGCGAAGGCACAGUAACAUUCAUCUUUUCUAUACUGGUGUCAAUAUUUUGUGUCGGAGGUAUGGCUGGAGCCCUAAUGACAGCAUUCAUCGCCGAAAGGUUCGGCCGAAAAGGCGGACUGUUGCUAAACAACAUAUUUGUGGUCAUUGCAGCAGUGUUUAUGGGAUCAUCAAAAGCUGCCAAAUCGUAUGAAAUGCUUAUACUAGGUCGAUUUUUUAUUGGAUUCAAUUCAGGUUUAAAUGCCGGUCUGGCACCGAUGUACCUAGCAGAAAUCUCACCACUACAUCUUAGAGGAGCGGUUGGUACUAUUUAUCAAUUGGUGAUCACCAUAUCCAUUUUAGUGUCUCAAGUCUUAGGUUUACCACAAAUUUUGGGCACGGAGGACAGAUGGCCAUUUCUUUUUGCCAUGAUAAUGGUUCCGUGUGUAUUUAUGUUAGUUACACUCCCUCUUUGUCCAGAAUCACCAAAAUAUAUUCUAAUUACUCAAGGAAGAGACGUCUCUGCACAGAAAGCUCUAACCUGGCUUCGAGGUACUAUUGAGGUUCACGAUGAAAUGGAUGAAAUGAGAGCAGAAUACGAAGCAAUGAAACUCGUUCCAAAGGUCACACUUCAUGAAAUGUGGCAUAAUCCUGUUUUGCGGACUCCUCUUUUCAUUUCUGUAAUGGUGAUGUUAUCGCAGCAACUGUCUGGUAUAAAUGCUGCAAUUUUCUUCUCAACUGACAUAUUUCUAAGCGCUGGACUUAGUGACAAAGACGCUUUGAAUGCUACCCUAGGUAUGGGUAGCAUAAAUGUGGUAAUGACAUUAGUAUCCCUGAUUUUAGUUGAACGCGCUGGUCGCCGAACUCUGCAUCUAGUUGGAUUGGGUGGCAUGAUGCUGAUGACUGUACUUCUAACGCUAUGCCUUGCAUUUCAGAAAAUGGUACCUUGGCUGUCUUACGUCAGUAUUAUUUGCGUCAUAACGUUUGUGAUAAUGUUUGCUGUUGGUCCAGGCUCCAUCCCUUGGUUCCUUGUAACAGAACUGUUUGGCCAAGGAGCACGUCCUAUAGCUACAAGCAUUGCUGUUACCGUCAACUGGAGCGCAAAUUUUGUAGUGGGAUUGGGAUUUUUGCCUAUUCAAAAUGUGAUGGGUGUUUAUACCUUCUUUAUAUUUACUGCACUUCUGGCACUGUUCUGGAUUUUCACGUAUAAAUACGUUCCUGAAACUAAAAAUAAAACAGUAGAAGAAAUAACAGCCAUCUUCCGUCAAAAAGCUUAUCAAUGAAGGAGACAGACUGUUUAAGACUUACAUUAAUCGUAUGUAUAAGGUGGCGUUAAUCUACAGCAAGGACAGGAGGGUGGCAGGAACGUGAUGAUUAUGAUUCACAUAAGCUUUUGUUAUAAGAAAAUAUAUCUAAUAUCCUGUCCCAAGAAAUUAAUGUAACAAGUGACAUUUUAUAGGCAAAAUAUCAUAGCAAUUUCUUAGUCAAUGCAUGUUGUAAAAUGAAUUACGAACAAAAAAUAUAUUCAUCACAAAAGUAAAAUUAUUAUUUUUCAAUCGGACUUCAGAGGCUUAAUGUAAUGAAUGAGACUAUAUGUAUUGAAUGGAAUAAGAAUAUAUAAUGUAUAUAUAUAUAUAUAUAUAUAUAUGCAAUAUAUAUCUAUAUCUAAUCUAUAUCUAUAUAUAUAUAGAUAUAGAUAUCUGCAUAUGCACGCAUACAUAAACAUAUACGUGUGCAGUGCAUAUAUAUAAAGAGAGAUAUAGAUAUAGAUAUAUAUACAUGCAUAUAUAUAUAUAGCGAUAUACAUGUAUAAUGUACAAGAGUUGAUACAUAAGUAUGCAUGUUUUUUUUUAGUAUGUGUGUGCGUAUAUAUACAUAUAGAGAGAGAGAUUGAGAUAUGUAAAAGUAUUUUUUACUUGUGGUGCUCUUUUAGAAAUGAACAGACGGUUGAAUAUCAUAAUACCUCCACCUUUAUUGUACAUAAACUACAUGGUUAAUGUGUUUUUUUUUCUUUUUUUUCAGUUUAGUAAAUGCUGUUAUUUUUAUUUGAAAAAAAAAAUUAUGAAUAUUUAUAUCAUCUGUUGUUUCUUGCUUUUGUGGUGCUAAGUAUGUUAUUUUAUCUAAUUCAUAUAAUGUAUAUAGAUGGUAAUACUGAAAUAUAUUUCCGCAGUUAUUUUUAAUCCUGGUCUUCAUAGAAGGAAAUUUGUAUGAGAAAAGAUUAUGCAAUUCUGUUUAUGACAAUAUUCCAUGAUUGUGUAUUUAAUGUUCCACAAAAGGCCAAAAAAAGUGUCUUUCAGAAAUUAUACUAAAAAUAAAUAAGAUCGACUGGAGUUUUUUUCCAUAUAUUUAAUGUGAUAAA